AUGGCGUCCCGUGAAGACUACGCAGUUGGGUGGGUCUGCCGUUUGCCUGUCGAGGUGGCCGCAGCCAAAGCAGCGCUCGAUCGUGUCCAUGACAAUCUACCCACGGAUCAGGAUCCAGACGGCAACAACAACUACAUUCUCGGGAAUCUUCAGCACCACAAUGUCGUUGUGGCAUAUCCAAAGGUGCACGGCAAAUCGUCACUGGCCGACGUGACCGCACAGUUGCAUGCAAGCUACCCAUCUGUCCGAUUCAAUCUGAUGGUAGGCAUCGCGGGAGGAGUGCCCGACACGAAGGAUGAUGUUCGUCUCGGUGAUGUUGUUGUCAGCAAGUUGUCAGCUGGGUGGUCGGGUGUCCUCGAGUACGACGUGAACGGGGAACGAGCGAAAGAUCAGAUUGCUCUCGGCAAACCGUUGGAUCAGCCGACACUUUUGCUUCUCACAGCUAUGGGGAAGGCCCAGACAGCCGCCAUCUUUGAAGAAAGCAAGAUGCCCCGCUAUAUCUCCGAGAUCGUGCAGAAAGAUCCAGUCACCUUUGCCCACCCUGGCCCAGAACAAGACAUCCUCUUCGACGCAAAUUAUGAUCAUGCAACCAAUGGAUCUGAAAAAGGUGGAUGCAGUCAUUGCGACCCGGAUAAGAUCCGAUCAAGGCAGCCGCGUGAAGUACAGGAUCCCGUUGUUCAUUAUGGCUCAAUUGCCUCCACCCGUCAUUUGACGCGCAACGGAGCAGGACGGGACCAGUUCGCACGCAAGCAUGAUAUUCUCUGCUUCGAGAAAGAGGCAACUGGGUUGAGGGAUGCCGCUCAGUACCUGGUCAUUCGAGGAAUUAGCGACUACGCAGACUCGCACAGCUUAGAUAUCUGGCAUGCCUGGGCUGCAGCGACCGCAGCAGCAUACGCAAGAGAGGUCCUGUCAUUCGUGCCCGCCGCCUCCAAGACGAUACCUUUGGCCGCAAACGCGUAUGCCGAGGCCGCGCCCGUUCUUGACGCCUUACUCCUGACAAGACCGGACGUUGAUCGGAAGUCCCUCAUUGCACUGAAGGGACGCAGGGUUGAUGGAACCUGCGAGUGGGUUACGAAGCAUCACCAUUAUCAAGAGUGGCUGGCAGAUACGAGCCAACAACUCCUCUGGAUCUCAGGUGGCCCUGGAAAAGGAAAGACAAUGCUCGCGAUUUAUAUCACCGAGGUGCUACAACCACUGGUUGACGCUGGUGACAAUGUUCUCCUCUAUUACUUCUGCAGUAAUCGGGACAAGAAUCGGAACACGGCAUUGACCAUAUUGAGAGGCAUCCUGCAUCAAUGGAUCGGCCUCCAGCCCCACCUGGCCAAAGAAGUCAAGAACUCAUUCGAGGGGGCGGAUACGACCAAGUACACAAUUUCCAGUUUUGUCGCGCUGUGGAGGGUUUUCCUGACUCUGCUCCAGCAGACCACAUCUUCUCAGGUAGUCUGUGUCCUCGAUGGUCUCGACGAGUGCGAGAAGGAAUCGCUCAGACAGCUUCUAGAUGCCGUUGGAAGCUACUUGUCCAAGUCUGGGGAAGGGGCAAAGCCACGACUGAAGCUCAUUAUUCUCUCCCGACCUCAGCCGUCUGUGUUGGAGAGCAAACUCGGUCACUAUCCGCAAAUUCAGUUGGACGCCUCCGACACGGAAACUACGCAUGAUGUCGAGAGAUACAUCUUUGCCAAAGUCACCGAACUGGCAUCCGAGCAAGACCUUUCCGAAGAGAUGGUCGCGCAGGUUCAGCAGACCCUGCUAGCUGGAGCCGAUGGUACCUUUCUGUGGGUUGCAUUCGUUGCCAAUGAGCUUCAGGGCCGGAGUUGGAGCAAGAUUGAUGAAGUGCUCCGCCAAAUUCCCAAAGGCCUGAGUGGGAUUUAUCAGCGGCUUCUUCGGCAGGUCGACGACAAGGAAGCUUUGGUCCCCAUUCUUCAAUGGGUUGUUCUCGCUGCCCGGCCCCUCACACUGGAAGAAUUGGCCGUGGCCGCUGGAGUCGAGGCGGCUGGUACUAUUCCAGCAACACAAGUGACCCGGAGGCGGCUUAGGGUCGGCGGGUUGCUCGUCAAGGUCGAAGGAGACGUCGUCAAUCUGGUUCACGAAUCGGCGAAAGAAUUCUUCCAGAGCGAUCAAGUCAACAUCCAAGGGAUCGACAUGUUCCAUAUGGGCCAGGAAACCCACAGGAAACUCAUGCAGACUUGUUUGGCUCACGUAGAACGCGGGUACGGAAAUUCCAGCACGCCCGGCCAGGAUCCCUUCCUAUCUUACGCCAGCCAGUACUGGCCGGUGCAUUUCCACCACGCCAUUCAUGUGAUCGAUUCAGCGACAGAAUUCUCGCGUCCAUUCUUUCGAGUGGACUCUCCCAUCCGGACAGGAUGGUGGAAAGUCUACUGGGAGCAGGAGAAGAACGGCGGCAGCCCGCCCACCUUCACUCUCUUGCAUCUGGCGGCAUACUUUGGAAACGUACCCUGGGCCAAAAUGUUACUCGGCACACAUGCCCGCCUCAUUUCGCGGAAGGACAAUUACGGCCGGACACCUUUGUACUGGGCAGUCAACAGAGGUCACCGAGAAAUGGUGGAGCUCCUGCUUGAACAUGGGGCACGUGUGAACUUCAAGGAUCGAAGCAUGUUAACUGCUUUACACAUAGCAGUAAUCGGUCAACACAGAGACGUUGUGUCGGUACUGCUCGAGCACGGUGCCCGCAUCGAGGCCAAGGGGGAGACUGGCGACACGGACACCCCAUUGGUGCGAGCCAUUUUGGGGAACUCGAGGGAAAUCACGGAGGAACUGCUCAAGCAAGGAGCGCGCGUGGAUAAGUUGUCAUCGUUUCUGGGAGUUGCUUCUCUGAGGCCGCCUACGGCUCCAUUGGAUGAACGGGUGACAGAGCUACUUGGGCUCCAGGAGCAGGUCCUGAAUGCGCGCUUCAAGCAUACGACGCGAGAUGUGGACCUGGUCACGAAGGGACUGGUCCUAUCCAUCCGCAUUCCUCUGGUCCUUGAAUUGAUGACCCUCUAUUUCAAGUACAUGGCAUUGAACCGCAUGGACAGUCUGCCUGUCCUGCGGGAGCUGAUCCAGGAGAACAAGAUGAAGCAAAUGCGGGCAUGGGCAAAACCGUACCAUGUGUUCCUCGCGGGGCUGGUGUAUGCUAAGAGUGCAAGGAAGCUCCAGGCCAUGGGCGACCUGCCGACAUAUUGCUUGCAGAGGGUCACACCCGGAGAUAUGCAGGCACUGGUGGUCAUCAUGACCUUCACCGGCAUGGAGACGAAAUCCACAGCUGUCCAAGAAGGAUGGAAGCCAGGAGACGACAUCACAUCUGCGGCAAUCGCAGACUGGGCCGCCAUCGCCUACGAGAGGGACUCUCUAGAGUACUUCCACCUCGGCAUCAGAGAAUUCCUGAUCGAUUUCGAUGGUUGUAUCCGGAAUGAGAACCGGGAAGAGAACGUGCUCCGAACGACCCUACUCAUGACGGUCCACUUCGCCAUGCUCGACAAACAGAAACCAGGGCCGAUCGAGUACAUAUCCCGGGUCACCGCUGAGUUCUUUGAAGGAUACAUCGGCAGCGUUUACGAGGUUGGGUUGUUCAGCGACGCGAACCAGGCGUACGCAAAGAAGCUGCGCGUCGCCAGCGACAGCCGAGACUCUGCCUUGUUGCGUCACAUCCUGAACACCAUUUUCCAGUGCGCCCAGCAGGCCAAAGAGAAUGGACAGGACCGCUUUCUCAACAUACCCUCGGCCGCAUGCUUGAUCCUCUGCCAGGAGAACGCCGCCGCCCACCGGUGGCUCAUUGGUGAGGCCAUCCCGGAGGAGAUGGCGGCAUUGAUAGCCCAGCAGCCUCCGGGAGCGCUGCAGAAGCGGGCUUGCAAGGCUCUGAUAGAGUGCCUGAUCAUUGGGAAGCAGUACGGUUUGAGCGCGGAGAAACAAAGCGUCGAGAAGCAUCUGCGGUCCUUGCCGGAGGUUGAACACAUGAUGAAUCGCAUACUGGGUGUAUGA